CAUGAGGUGAAACGAGCACCUCUGAACCUGUUCUAUCUUUUCCCCUUUUGCCGCAUUGCCGCCGCCGCGGUAGCAGCCAUGCCUCCGCCGUCGCUGCCGCGCCCUCCUCUCUCGCUGCUCCUCCGCCGCCCCCAAAAUCUAUCCCCUCUCCGACGAGUCCCCAGCUCCAUCCCGUCCCCUCUGCUCGUCCUGCCCAAUCGGCGGCACCUCUCCGCCGCGCAUCUCGCCGACCCACUCGUCGCCGCAGGGGUGGAGGAGGCGGUGGUGGGCUUCGUCACCGGCAAGCGCAAGGCCACCGAGGUAGCCCACGCGGUGUGGAGAAGCAUUGUUCGGAAAGGAGAUACGGUUGUUGAUGCCACCUGCGGAAACGGGAAUGAUACGUUUGCUUUGCUUAAGAUGGUGUCCGAUGAAACUGGGCGAGGGCGUGUUUAUGGGAUGGACAUCCAAGAUUCCGCGAUUGAUAACACUUCCUCUUUUCUGAACAUGGCCGUCGACACCCACGAGAAGGAGCUAGUCAAGUUGUUUUCCAUAUGUCACAGUAGAAUGGAGGAUAUUGUUCCAAAAGGUUCUCCUGUCAGGCUUGUAGCAUUCAAUCUCGGCUACCUUCCAGGAGGAGAUAAAACAAUAAUCACAGUACCUAAGACCACUGAGCUCGCAUUGCAAGCUGCCAGCAGAAUUGUUAGCUCAGGGGGCCUCAUAAGUGUGCUUGUCUACAUUGGGCAUCUGGGUGGAAGGGAUGAACUUGAUAUUGUUGAAUCAUUUGCGUCAAGCUUGCCUGUUGAUACAUGGGUGAGCUGCAAGUUUGAAAUGGUUAACAGGCCAGUUGCUCCAGUACUAGUUCUCCUGCACAAGAAAUGAUCGCAGUCCCACUGAAGCUCCACAAGUUUGGGAGUCCCUGUUGCGGUUGAUGAAUGAGAAUUUCUGAUUAUGGUUAUGAGCUAGAAAAAGGAAUUAUGUAAAGGCUACAGUCAGCUGUAACUGGAUGGUUGACACUGUGGUGACUAUCUAUAGAGGAGCUUGCAAGGGUCGUGAUCUGGUGAUUGCUGCCAGGGAUUACUCCCUUGAUGCAACGUGCAAUUUUCUGGCCUACUAUGUUCACCGAAAUGUCAGUGCUCACGCAAAUGACCCUUGAUGCAAUGUCUGUCAAGCUUAAAAAUGCUGUGUAACUAUAUGCAUGUAUCUUGAACACUGAUAUGUCAUAAACCUGUGCUCCUUGGAAGCAGUACCAGCUGCCCAUUGGUGUGACUGAUAAAAA